CCAUACAAGCCAGGGAGGGAAUGCUGGGGGGAACUGGCAGAGGGACUGUUGUUUGAGGCACCUCUCCCCAGAAGGCUGCAGCGACUUGGGAAUGUGGGAAGAGGCAAAGGGCAAAGGAACAUUGGCUUUUCCUGUUCUCCAACAGUUUGUGAGGGCAUCACUGGACAUCAUGGAGGACGAGGCCUGGACCAUGGCCCUGAGCUGCGAGCUGAGCCGGCAGCUGAGCAGCUCUGCCAGCAGCUCUGGAGAAAAGACCUUCCUGUACAAGGCUCUGGGGACCGUUCUGGGAGCUUGUAAGGAAGUCCUCCAUGUGCAAGAGAAGCUGCUGCAGCACCUGGAGGGGGCAAAUGCAGAGGAGCCAUCUGAGGCCCAGAGCAUGCAUUUCUCAGAACAGAUGCUGAAGAAGAUGUAUUUGUUAUCACGGAGGAAGAUUUUCAAAGAUUCAAGUCUUCGAUUUGACUCACCUGUCCAUUUAAGCAAUACCGUCUGGUUGGGGCUGGAAAAGCAGGUUAAGUCUGAAGGAAGGUGAGGAGCUUCUGAUGCAUGCAUGCAGUAAUGAGGAUAAGGGGAUCUGCAUUGUCUGGCUGUGA